CAGUGAUGUUGUGGCGGAGGCCACUGGGUGAGGAGGCCAUUUUCCCUCUCUGGAAGGAAGGAGGGAUUGAGCGGGCUAGCGAGCGAACGAACGAGACGGGGAGAGAAAGAGGGAAGCAGGCCCAGCGACCCCCCGGCCGAGGAGAGAGGGGCGGAGCCGGCGGGUGAGGUAGCUGCGAGCCCCGGAGAGAUGUUCUCCCUGUCGAGCACGGUGCAGCCCCAGGUUACUGUUCCUUUGAGUCAUCUCAUCAAUGCCUUCCAUUCACCAAAAAGCUCAUCUGUUUCUCUGAGUGCAUCAGUUUCUCAGAGUCAACAUCGAGAAGCAGCCCCUGAACAUGAAGCACCAAGCAGUGAGCCUGUGCUUAACUUAAAGGACUUGGGGUUAUCUGAAUUGAAAGUCAGGCAGCUUGAUGAACUAGUGGAUAGUCUCCUUCCUGGCUUUUGUACCGGCAGCAGAGUUUCUUCUCGAUGGCAUACAUCUUACGUUUCUGCACAGUCCUUCUUUGAAAAUAAACAUGGUUUCCUAGACAUUUUUAGUACCUUACGUUCCUCUUGCUUGUACAGACAACAUCCUAAGACCGUUCAAAGUAUCUAUGCAGAUCUUCAGCGGUCGCCAGUUUUUGUACAGUCUCGGGGUUUUAAGACUUUGAAAUCAAGGACACGGCGUUUGCAGUCCACCUCUGAACGAUUCACAGAAACACAACAUGUGGCCCCAUCAUUUGUAAAGGGGUUUCUUUUGCGGGACCGAGGAUCAGAUGUUGAAAGUUUAGACAAACUCAUGAAAACCAAAAACAUACCUGAAGCACAUCAGGAUGCAUUUAAAACUGGCUUUGCAGAGGGCUUUCUGAAAGCACAAGCAUUAACUCAAAAAACAAAUGAUUCCUUAAGAAGAACACGUUUGUUCCUCCUUGUUCUCCUGCUGCUUGGUAUUUAUGGACUAUUAAAAAACCCAUUUUUAUCUGUCCGAUUCCGGACAACAACUGGACUUGAUUCUGCAGUUGACCCUGUCCAGAUGAAAAAUGUGACCUUUGAACAUGUUAAAGGAGUGGAGGAAGCUAAACAAGAAUUGCAAGAAGUUGUUGAAUUCUUGAAAAAUCCACAAAAGUUUACCGUGCUUGGAGGUAAACUUCCAAAAGGUAUUCUUUUAGUUGGACCCCCAGGGACAGGGAAGACACUUCUUGCUCGAGCUGUGGCUGGAGAAGCUGAUGUUCCUUUUUAUUAUGCUUCUGGAUCAGAAUUUGAUGAGAUGUUCGUGGGUGUGGGAGCCAGCCGUAUCAGAAAUCUUUUCAGGGAAGCAAAAGCAAAUGCACCUUGUGUUAUAUUUAUUGAUGAAUUGGAUUCUGUUGGUGGAAAGAGGAUUGAGUCUCCAAUGCAUCCAUAUUCAAGACAAACCAUAAAUCAACUUCUUGCUGAAAUGGAUGGUUUUAAACCUAACGAAGGAGUUAUCAUCAUAGGAGCAACAAACUUCCCUGAAGCAUUGGAUAAUGCUUUAAUACGUCCUGGUCGCUUUGACAUGCAAGUUACAGUUCCAAGGCCAGAUGUAAAAGGUCGAACAGAAAUUCUCAAAUGGUAUCUGAAUAAAAUAAAAUUUGAUCAAUCUGUUGAUCCAGAAAUAAUAGCUCGUGGUACAGUUGGAUUUUCUGGAGCAGAGUUAGAGAAUCUUGUGAAUCAAGCUGCAUUAAAAGCUGCUGUUGAUGGGAAAGAUAUGGUUACCAUGAAGGAACUGGAGUUCUCCAAGGAUAAAAUUUUAAUGGGUCCUGAACGUAGAAGUGUAGAAAUUGAUAAUAAAAACAAAACCAUCACUGCAUAUCAUGAAUCCGGCCAUGCUAUUAUUGCAUAUUACACUAAAGAUGCUAUGCCAAUCAACAAAGCUACAAUCAUGCCAAGAGGACCAACACUUGGACAUGUGUCGCUUCUACCUGAGAAUGAUAGAUGGAAUGAAACUAGGUCCCAGCUGCUUGCACAAAUGGAUGUUAGUAUGGGAGGAAGAGUUGCAGAGGAGCUUAUAUUUGGAACUGACCAUAUUACAACAGGUGCUUCUAGUGACUUUGAUAAUGCCACCAAAAUAGCAAAGCGAAUGGUGACUCGAUUUGGAAUGAGUGAAAAGCUUGGAGUCAUGACAUAUACUGAUACAGGGAAAUUGAGUCCAGAAACGCAGUCUGCUAUUGAACAAGAAAUAAGAAUACUUUUAAGGGACUCAUAUGAACGAGCAAAAAACAUCUUGAAAACACAUGCAAAAGAACAUAAGAAUCUGGCUGAAGCUUUAUUGACUUAUGAGACUUUGGAUGCCAAAGAAAUUCAAAUUGUUCUUGAAGGGAAGAAACUGGAAGUGAGAUGAUAAAGCCCUUCUUAUGGAUUCAUACCUGGUUUUAUUUGCGAGAAUGUAAAUCUAGCAGUGCAGUAGUCUCCUUAUGCAACAGCUUUUUUUUUUUCCUUCCUGAUGCGUGCUGUAAUGUAUUAAUGAUGUUUUCAAGGUUAUAAUAUACUUUAUUGUGAGCCUUUUGUUACCUUUAUCUAAUUUCGGUUAUUCUCAGUGACACCUAGAACAAAUUAGCUUUCCAUAGCAAAUAUCAUUAUAGAAAAUAAAGAACUAUCAGGAUUGAAUACAGCUUAUUUGAGAGACUUCAGUCAGACCGUAAGUUGGAAAUAAUGCUGCAGCAUACUUUUCAAGGCUAGCUAUGCUGCUAGAUGUAGAGGGAAAAUGAUGCUCAUGUGGAGUAUUUUGAGCUUGAUGAUGUAAGUUGUUGAAGGAUCAUCUUUGUAACUUAAUAUUAUCAAUGGUUUUUGGCACGGAAAUGAUGUUAUCUAGUUGUAAACCCUGUAUUUGCCAGUUUCAAAGGGAGAACUCAUAAUAAAAUCCUAGUUUUAUUCUACAGUUACAAUAAAUGGGUUUUUUAAAUUUGAAAAUUAGGGAAUUUGUGGGCAUAGAGACAAAUGCAAAAAUAUGAAACAUAUCCUUUAUGUUUUCUGUAUUCUGCAUAUCUCUUUGUAUCACCAAGGUUUAUUACCAUUAUGGGGGAAAUUGUCUCAUCCUUGGAAUUUUGUUAUAAACAGAAAAACAAAUAACCCCCCCCCCUCAAAAAAUCUUUAUCCUUGUGUAAUUAUGCUAGUAAGCAAAGAAACCCAAACAUUUGGUUUUGAAGGAUCCAUUAACAGUACAUGUUGGCCUUUGUCAGAAAUUGGAAGUUUAUAUUUGGGUCAGAAUUUGGCUUACUGAAAACAAUCACUUGUUCUCUGCAAAGAUUCUUGAAUACAUUUUAUUUAAGCCAGUAGAGAAAUAUUGUUUCAGAGCAUUGUUGGUAUACUGCUACUAUAACAAAACCAUACCCUUUAAGUGAUUUUUAUUAGUAAUUUAUGUGGUUUUUUAAAGAGCUCCAUUACAUGCAUGUUCUUUCUUGUAGAAAGUGAAGAUAAUUGAACAUGUCUCUGUCAAAGAUAUUCUUGACUGACUUUAAAAAAUAUCUCAUUUCUGUAAGGAUUUCAACAAAAGUGUAUACUUGGGUUACAUAAAAUCUCAUUUACCAUUUCAGUGAAAGGCAUUCAAGCUGUCGAAAUAUCAAAACCUUCAUGAACUGAUUAUGAUCAGAUAAAAAAAUGUUGGUUUCAGCACCAUGUUAUGUUUCUAGGUUUUUUACAUGCAUUUUGAUGGGAUUACUUGGUUAUUUCAUAACUACGGGUUAUGAACAUUUCUAACUAUAAGUGUAGAAGAUCUUAAAUAUUGAUAUACUUUAAAAAUAGUUUAUACCAGUGAAAAUGACAAUUAAAGAUCUGAAUAAGCACCUCACAAAGAUGGAAUAAGGAUCAUCUUUUUCUACAAGAAAUUUUUCUUUUUUAUAUUUAUGCCACUGAGCCCCAUUUUUUAGCCAAGAAUAUGGUUUCCUUUUCCUUUCAGAACAAAUACUUAGUACAGCUUUAUACAUGGUUUCCUGUGUUUUCCAAAUAGUCUCAAGAAUCUUGGUCUGGAACAUUAUCACAAGUGAGAAGCUAGCCUGUUAGAGUUAUAUGUAUUGUGGUAACCGUGCUUUAGGGAAAAGAACCUCAAAAAAUAUGCUUUGUCUCUGUUUCUGAAACAAUAAAAAUUUUAAUUAGA